CAGCAGAGUACGGAAGGACAUGUACAAUGACACAUUAAACGGCAGCACAGAGAGGAGGAGUGCUGAGUUGCCUGAUGCUGUGGGACCUGUUGUUCAGCUACAAGAGAAACUUUAUGUGCCUGUAAAAGAAUACCCAGAUUUUAAUUUUGUUGGGAGAAUUCUUGGACCUAGAGGACUUACAGCUAAACAACUUGAAGCAGAAACAGGAUGUAAAAUAAUGGUCCGAGGCAAAGGCUCAAUGAGGGAUAAAAAGAAGGAGGAGCAGAAUAGAGGCAAGCCCAAUUGGGAGCAUCUAAAUGAAGAUUUGCAUGUGCUAAUCACUGUGGAAGAUGCUCAGAACAGAGCAGAGAUCAAGCUGAAGAGGGCAGUUGAAGAGGUGAAGAAACUACUGGUACCCGCAGCAGAAGGAGAAGACAGCCUGAAGAAGAUGCAGCUGAUGGAGCUGGCGAUUCUGAACGGCACCUACAGAGAUGCCAACAUUAAAUCACCAGCCCUUGCCUUUUCUCUUGCAGCCACUGCCCAGGCUGCUCCAAGGAUCAUCACUGGGCCUGCGCCUGUCCUCCCACCAGCUGCUUUGCGCACACCGACGCCAGCUGGCCCUACCAUAAUGCCUUUGAUCAGACAAAUACAGACCGCUGUCAUGCCAAACGGAACUCCUCACCCAACUGCUGCAAUAGUCCCUCCAGGGCCUGAGGCUGGGUUAAUCUACACCCCCUAUGAGUACCCCUACACGUUGGCACCAGCUACAUCAAUCCUUGAGUACCCUAUUGAACCCAGUGGUGUAUUAGGUAUGGCUUUCCCAACGAAAGGCUAAGAAUUCAAGAACGGUCUUAACUGAACCCUCAUCAGAUCUGAAUUUAACAAAUGCUUAGUCUCAGCAGCCUCGAGGAAAAGCUUAGCCUAGCAGUCAGUGACUUACUUGCACUUUUGCACAUAGAUACAAAGUAAAAUUAUGUUACUGAUUUGGUUUAGUCUGUUGAUCCUACAAAGUGACAGUAAUUUAUAACAGUGUAUAGUAGUAUACUGACUGCUAAGUGUACUAUACUGUUCGCUUUACUAAUCACCUAAUUCAUUGCAGUUCAUACUUAAUGACUCAAAGUUUAAAACCACAAUCUGUAGGCUUUAAAAGUUGCUUUUAAACCUUUUUUACAUAAUAAACUCUGGAAGUUAAGGUUAGCAAAUAAUUGUCAGUAUUAAACGUGGCAUUAUUUAAGUAGUCCUGCUGCAAGAAAGGCACUUCAGUGAAUAUGUGACUAGUAAAGCUCAAAUGCGAUUGGUUCCAGUAGAGUCUAUGACAUGCUGUAACUUGGGGAUUGUAAAUGAAUGGGUAAAGUCGGUUAAGGCCAACCUGUUUGAAAUGAAUGCAAUAUUAAUAGAUGCAUAUAUACAUGACAUACUGCAGUUAAUUUUAAAACUACUGUGCCUUAACAUGUUUCUUAAACUUUUGUAGUAAAUGAACAUUUGAAAACCAUUUUGAUAAACCUGCUGUUAAUGUUUUUUUCCUCAUGUAUGUUUUCUAACUUUGUCUUGGUAAUUGCAAUUUAACUAGGUGCGGUGGCUACUAAAGUUCGAAGGCACGAUAUGCGUGUCCAUCCUUACCAAAGGAUUGUGACCGCAGACCGAGGUUAGUUUAGUUCUGCAGUUCUUGUUUAUAAGAAAUGCGUUGGGUGUCCAUAAAAUUGCAACACCACACCUGAUGGAAAAUGUGACUGUUUACCUGAACACCAUUUCUUUUCUUUGCUAAAUUCAUUUUAAUAAUUGACACAUUUAGUUUUGUUUUCUUUGGGGGGGAUUGACUUUUUCCCCCUCCCUUUGUAUUUUAAUUUAUUAAAUCUUCUAUUAUAUACUAUGAUUUGUUCUACUAAAACGUAAACUUGGGGAACCAUUAAAUUUUUGCAUUCCCUUAGCUGUUUUUUAGUAACAGUUUUUGCUAAAAUUUACCUUAAUUGUUCUGAAAAUUGGGGUUGGUAUUGCAAAGUGAAUUGAACGGAUGGUGCUUUAAUGAGAGAAGUAAAGGAGUUUCGCUUCCUGUCUAAUUUGGAGAGAACUGAAGAUCUCGUUUCCAUUUUCUUUCUAAUAAGACAUUGAGCCGCUGUAUACAUAGGCACAUGUGUCCAGUGCCUAGCGGAGAUCAGCAAAGUUGGGACUGUGAAGAUAGCUUUCAUAUAGGUGGACAUUUUUUUUUACAAAUUAGAGAAAUGAGUUCCCUCUUAAUCCUUUAUUCUCUUGCCAAAAUGGAUCCUUUGAUUUUUGUCAUUUGCUGCUAAAAUAUAGCCUGAAGGUAAACGUCUCUGAAGCUCUGUGGUGUAAGAGAUCCAGCUGUCUGGAUCUCCUUUCUGACUGACCUGUGACUGGAAAAUAAGUCUUCAUUUUUCUCCUUUUAUUAUUUGUGACUUGUGUCCUGUAUAUGCCCUUAGACCCAUUUUUAAAUUAUUUAUGCUUAUUUGAGGAGUAGUGAUUUCGGUUUAUUGACAUUGAAUUGUUUUCUAAGUUUUUUUUGUUGCAAAAUAGGAACCCCCAGCAUGAUAGAAAAGGACCUAGCUUGCUUGACAUGGUUGCCCUUGGAUACUCAUUAUAAACACUGGACACAGCUGGUUUCUAUAUUAGAAACAAAAUAGUCCCUUUCAAGAGGGACUGAUGAUAUUUAUUUGAUAGCACAUACAAUGAAAGCAUCCUAAUGACGUUUAGUGAACGCAUACAUGUGUGUAGUUAUUCAUCGAACAAAAUGGAUUCCAGACUGGUCAGUAUCCAUGAAGAUAGUAUUCCUUACAAUGUGUCAACCAUUGUGUAUUAGAAAGUCCCCUAGAGAUGGGGAAAUUGGAUGGAGGAAGGCCACUUUAGAUUUAAGGAAAGUGGGCAAUCCCAUAAAUAAUCUUGAGGCUGUGUCAUACUGCUAAUGUCCAAAUAAUUCUCCUACAGAGUACUUUGAAGUGGUUUUUCCUUUUAAGUUUUCUUGCCCUUUGUGCCUCAUUUGAGGAGAUGUCCUCUAAUUUUAUUUUUAACGGUGAUUAUUUCUUACUUUAUGCUCCAGUGCCUUCAAACUGUUAAACAUAUUAGACCAAGGUUUUAUUUUAUCUGGAAAAGGAAACACAUUCCAUGCAUGGCUCUUUUGUAGUUGUGUUUAUUGUGAUUAGUUCUCACUUUUUAUUAAAAAUACAAUGUCAGCAAACCGAAAUGCCUUUUUAAAAUUAAAGAAGCAGAUUAUUUGUAUACUUACCUUAUGCACUCAUUGGGUCUAAGGGAGAUGACUGAAGUCGUUCACUUAAAUUAUUUUAUGAUACUACUGUUUUCUCUAUUUUUUUAAUUAAAAAAUCCUUCAAAGAGAUUAUUAGCAUUCAUAUGAUGCAAAGAAACAGCCCAAGGGGGUAUACCCAUGUGAUUGUGUAUGAGCUAGAGUAGUUAGUCACAAGGUUCACAGAUAGCUAGUUGCUUACUAAAACUCCACCUCUGUACCUAUUUCAAAACUGAAUUUGAAACUUAAGACCAACUGACUUUUUAAUUGUAAUGAACUAUAAAUGAUUUUGCACAGCUGACAUACCUUUAAGUACCGUUAGGAAGCCAGGGCUUGGCAGAGGAUGUGUUCCAGGAGUGCUGAGUGUGGCGGCUUGCCUUGUUACAUAUCCCACAUUGAAACGUGAUCACAAGUUUUUCUGAGUAAUGAUUUGACCAGAAUCAUUACUUACACAAUUUAAGAUUUUGGAGCAGCAUUUUUUAUUUUAAAUAAGAUUCUAAUUCUUUUUUAAGAAAUUCAGGGAAGAUUUGGUCACACUGAAGAUACAGUAUUUUUGUAGUAUUUAUAAACUGUCCUAAGUGAUAGAAUAGAGAAAGCAUUUUUGUCAUAUGAUGGUAAAUAAGUCCAUUAUGUAAACAUUUAAACCCUAUGACAUCACACCGACUGGGUUUGAUUGAUGAAGGGGCGUAGACUCUGAUGCACUGAACAUCUUUUCAUUCACAUCUCCUCUGCCUUAGUCACAAUGGCAACAGUACAGAGAAUUCUGUCAAACCUCAGAAUAUAGUAGAAAUAAUUAAGCUGUUGAAUGAGUCUUAAAGAUCAUACUACUGUUAAGUGGACCAAGUUUGGAGCAGAAUGUGGCAGGCUGGCUAAGGAGCUGCUCAAGGACAUGGGAACGGGAACUUUUCCACUUGAGAACUACUUUAUGUUUCACUGUAAUUUUUUAAAGUUUUUUUUUUGUUGUUCUUUUUGUUAUUUUGCAAAAGAAAAUAGUAUUUACAGGUGGCUUCUUUUAAAAUAUAAAAUAUAAAGCAGGAAUGUAUAUGAAAUGUCAGAUUUUAUUGUAUUUGCAGAGUAUUAGCUUUGAAAUUGAAUAAAGAAAGCUGUUUGUAGUUUUAAAAUGCCUUAUUGGUAUCAAUUAGAAAUCUCUUCUAUUUUUUGAUGUACUUAGAGCUCUUUGAGGUAUAGAAUUUUAAAUGGCAGGAUUUUACAGUGUUUACAUUUACAUGCAAGUGCAUUUUAUAAGUGUUCUAUAUGUGUAAAAUAGUAUUUUCAACUGGAAAGUGUUGGCCAGUGCAAAAGGCCUGGCCUUCUUCUGGUUCCCAUGAUGUUGCCUACACUGCUAGACCACAGUAUUGCUUUGUAUCAUGAGGCCAAGAAAUUCCAUGUUGUUUGUAAAUAGAAUAAUGAAAAAGCAAUAAACAUUUAUUGAAUAAAAGAAA